UGAGACAGAAAUGGCUUUCCUCAGUCUCUUACCUUCCAGAACUUUACUUAGUCACAUUUUCCACUCUGCCCUCACAGGUGGGCUUCUUUUUCUUUGUCUGCUUGUAAAUGUGCCCAUUAUCGCCAGUCCCACCUCCACUCCCCUGACCAUCCUCAACACGUCCACAGCAGAGCCUUCACCUGCUCCUCCCAGCCCACAGGAGGCGUCUUAUCUACAACAGCCUCUAAAGGCCAAAGCUGUGGAAGGGGAGGAUGUGGUGUUUCCCUGUUUUUUAAAGAGUGAUGUAGCUGAAGUAGGGGUUGUGGAGAAGGUGAGGUGGUAUGUGAAGAGUUCGGAGGGAAAGAGGAAUGUUCUACAAGGGAACGAGACGGCGGAGGAUGUGUUUGCUGGCCGUGUGUUUUUGUCUGGUGAUCUGUCAGAGGGAGAUCUAUCCAUGACACUAAGGAAUAUUUCGGUGGAGGAUCGAGGCCUGUAUUUGUGUGAAUUCAUAUCAACAAACUCAACUAUUCUUCAGGGAGGCGGGACCAAACUCAGCAUCCGCAAAGGACUGGGUGUGAUGGAAGAGUCUGUGGGCACUAUAAUUGGCAUCGUUGUGGCAGUUGUCGGUGUGGCAGUGGGGCUGGUGGCUGUGAUACUGACUCAAUUCAAGGACAAACUGAACUGCCUGCAGAAAUGACAUGGGGGAGAUGGCUUCGGUGUAUGAAGGUUAAAAGUACGAGGGGGUUACAGUAAAGGCCAAAGGUAAAAGUGAGCAAACACACGUAUACUCACGCUGCCAAGAACUGACCGCAGUGCACGAGAGAAUGACUCUUAAGUAAGCAGUGAGGCAUUUUGCUCACCCCAUAUUCUGAAUGAUAAUAUAUAUGAUUACACAACUAGAUCCGAUGACCAUCCUCAAACACAUACACACCCAAUCAGAUCCAACACAGAUGAAGAAGAGCAGUUGAGUUAUGAAGUGUCAAGUUUCUGUAAGUUUGCACCGAUGUGAGGAUGCAUUUCCUUUAUAGGAAUAAGUACAUGAACCAUUUAAAAAUACCUGUAUUUCUCCAUUAAUGGUUUCUAAUAAUUAUGGUUAAUGUUUUUGUUUAUUUAAUCCAGUCUGCUGUGUAUGUAUUUUUAACAUGGUCUUUUGAGUUUUAUAUGACGACUUGUCUGGAUGAUACAACUUUAAGUUCAUUGCUCUGUUAGUAUUUAAAGCCCUAUGCAAAAUCAUAUCUGCUACUUAUUUUUGCUUCGUAUUGAUCUGUAUGCAUGCACAUGUUUUCAGUAUUGCAAUCUUUUAACAGGAUCAGAAUAACAUAUGAUAGAUGUUAUUUAGUAGACACUGAUGUAAGUCCUUUGCAUACCGCAAGCUGAGCAGAUGGACUGUUGAGUGGAUAGAAUGUUUAGCAGAGGAUGAACUGGCUUCAUACCAGAGUACCAUUAUGAAGUUAUAUUAAUCAGAAACUGAUCUUAUAUCAGCACUCAACACUGAAUACAUUUCCUCUCAAGAGAGGCCUGAUCUCAACACUCAUGCUGUGCUUCAGUAUUCUAUUUGCAAAGUUCUUAAUUUUCACCUGCAUGCUUUUUGUAAGACCCAGAAGGGCCUUCACCUCAGAAAUAGCCGGAUGUGAACUGGUUUGUGAUUUUGUGAUUUUGUGAUUUUUCUGUGUGAUUUUGUCUACUGUGAAAAUCACCAUCAAUUCUUCUGACACAAAUAAACAAGUUUUACUACUCAAAGUUUGGUGACUGCCCUGUCUCAUGUAAAUACAUGAGUAUCCAAGCUUUUGUGAAUAUUGUGAAUAUUGUGAACACAGACCUAAAAUAUCAUUAAAACGUUUGGGGUCAGCAAAAAUGUUUAAAGCAAGAAAACAUAUCUGAUCAAAAAUGACGAAGAAAUUUCUCUUUAAUAUUCUAUUUCUAUAUUUUUUUUAUGAAUUUACACACACACGCACACAAACAUUAAUAUUAAUACUCACAACCAUGUUCAACAUUAUUUUAAAAAUGUAUGUAUGUUCAAUUGUGCUCCUUCUUGCAAAAAAUAUCUCAUUGAUGAACAAGUUUGAUUGCAACAUAAUCAUUGCUGUUAAUAAUGUUCAUUGUCUGUCUGAUAUGUUAUUAACUGAAUUUUACUGUACAUUUCUGCCAUAUAUGUCACCACUGACAAGCUACUACUAAAUAUAUUGUAGAAAUUUCAUUUUCUUUAAAGCUGCUUUGCAAUUGUUUUGCAUCAUGAAAAGCAAUAUACAAAUAAACUUGA